GGACCAGUGUCUUGGAUGUCGCUUCCCCGAAAGGACCAACUAGCUAUCCUUUUUCUAUGCCGACUCGUUGACUUCUUGCAAGUAGCAUCGCUGCAGGCCUAUGUUUUCUAUCAAUUGAAGAGCCUCGAUGAGACGAAAUCUGAUGCCCAGAUUUCUGGUCAAGCCGGUAUCCUGCAAGGGUCAUUUACAGGCGCACAGGUCUUGACCGCAAUCCUAUGGGGGAAAGCUGCUGAUGCUAGUUGGUGUGGGCGGAAGACGGUCUUGAUUGUUGGGUUGUUCGGAACCGCUGUAUCUUGUUUAGGGUAUGGCUUCGCGAGCAGCUUCUGCUGGGCCGUCUUCUGGCGCGCUUUUGGAGGCGCGGUCAAUGGCUUAGUAGGAAUAAUUCGCACAAUGAUUGCUGAGAUUACUGUGGAGAGGAAAUAUCAAUCUCGUGCAUUCCUGAUAUUGCCAAUGAGUUUCAAUGUGGCGGGCAUCCUUGGGCCAUUACUCGGUGGCUAUCUCGCAAAUCCUGUUCAUACCAUGCCUUACCUAUUUGCCGAGGGAGGUGUGUUUGCAUCUAGAUUGGUGCAACAAUAUCCGUUCGCACUACCAAGCGCCAUUAACGCAAUCUUCCUUACCAUUACCGGCACUAUUGUCUAUUUUGGACUGGAAGAGACUCUUAUUGCAAGAAGGGGUCGUUUUGAUAGAGGACUAUACAUUGUCGAUCGUGUCAAGCAGUUCAUUUUUGGACGACCAAUGCCAACCCAUCAAGGCUAUUCCCAAAUCGGAAGACGAGAUGAAUCCCAGGAUGGAAGCGUCGAUCUGGAGGAGAAAUCUUACACAGUCUCUGUCUCCGAGAAACCUCGUGUCCUUCCUUUCAACCGCAUCUGGACGCGCAACGUCAUCCUGACCCUCGUCACCGGUGCCUUUUACGAUUUCCAUCUCGGCGCUUUCACCAACCUCUGGACAUUGUUUCUAUCCACUCCCCGAACGCUCGAAAGUCUCGGCCACAUUUCCUUGUUCUUCACCGGCGGUCUGGGGAUGCCUGCAUCCAUGGUAGGCGGCGCUACGUCCAUCCUCGGGAUGCUCGGGAUGCUGCUGCAGGUCUUCCUUUAUCCACCUGUUCACGCCCGCCUGGGCACUCUGCGAUCAUUUCAGUGGUUCUUGUUUCUGUUUCCUAUCGCUUACUUUCUGGCGCCGUUCCUGGUCGUGCUGCCAUCAUCUUCCGCGGCACCGGAAGCGGCGUCGGGUUUAUUCGUUUGGGUCGGCAUUGUCUUGGUGCUAUUUUUUCAGGUCCUGGCCCGCACCAUGACGCUACCGGCGAGCAUCAUACUACUGAACAACUGCAGUCCACACCCGAGUGUGCUGGGCACAGUACAUGGACUGGGCCAGAGUGUAUCCGCGGGUUUUCGGACUGUUGGGCCAGUGGUCGGCGGAUGGUGGUAUGGUGCUGGGUUGGAUGUUGGCAUGGUUGGCGCAAGUUGGUGGGGCGUCACUGGCAUGUCUGCGUUGGGAUGCGCGGCAGCUAUGUUCAUCUACGAGGGUAGUGGACAUGAGCUUGAUUUGGAUUAAAGCUAGAGAAGUAUAGUUCAUCAUUUUUCACAUCACAGCAUUUUCACAGCCACUCUCUUGAGCCAAUUCG